AUGCACACUCGAAAGAGUAGUAUUGUUCCAGCUAAAAGACAGCGUGAGACAGAACAAGGUAGUACAUCCACGAUAAGUCCACCUCAUACUAGAGCACGAGUAAGUGAGCCAGAUUUCAACUUUAAAAGAUAUUGUUUAUUUUGCGGCGAUGAAGCAAAUGAAGAAGCUGAAAAGAAGAAAGCGCAGAAUGUUCAUCCAACAGUAAUAUCCAAAGAGCUUCUUCUCGAUAGUGAGAUGGAUGAAAACCUUACAAAUACAAUUGAACUUGUAACAAACAAAACUAUUUCCUGCAAUGAUAUUGAAGAAGGUGAUGAAAUAGCUGAAGCAUUACUUGAUCAGUUUAAUGAAAAACUACAGGAGCACGGAGAACGAGGACCUACAGCAAAACUAUGGAUACAAUAUUUUCAUAUGGUGUCUAUUGCAAAGGAAUUUAUAAGAGCUAAACGUAUGGGAGAUUGGCGACCUCAUUUGAAUUGCGUUAAAGAAAUGCUUCCUUAUCUUCAUGCUUCAGGACAUUUUAUUACAAGAUAUGAUGCAAUUAGAGAACUUGAUGGAUCCUAG